AGCUCUGCACGGUGAUAUAUUGCUUAUUCUUUAUUAUUCAAAAUAUUCACCUCUGUUUGAGAUAUAUGAUAUUCCAAUUCUCAAAUAUAUAUAAGUAAACGUAUAUAAGUCUUAACACCCUUUAUAAUGAUCUUUGAUAACACGCGAUGGGCAAGCCAGAUUUAAAGAUAACGUUAAAAAAACAAUUGAAUGCAUCACUAGAGUUACUCCCGACAGACAUGAAAGGCAACAUGUCUGUAAGGUUAUAAAAUAGGUUAAUCUUGGAGUAGGAGUAACUCAGUCAUGCUGGAGAGAAUUGGCUUCAAGGUCACCAAUUAGACAAGCUGGGAAAGGUUUAUGGAAGCCCCCUCUACUGCCGGGUUAGCAUCAGGCUGAUCACAACCUUCACAGGACCAAUUCGAUUUACAAACCAGUUAUCUUGGAAUAUUAUCUUUGGAACUUUACACUCGCUGGUUUGAGGGAGAACCAAGGACUCAGCGUCAUGCCGGCUGGGUUUCAGCAGUUAGGACGGGAGAGUAUAACUGGAACUCUCGCGCUAUCAGUGUUUACAGCUGUACUGGGUUCCUUUCAGUUUGGCUACAACAUUGGAGUGAUCAAUGCUCCUCAGAAGAUCAUUGAGCAGGAGUAUAACUCAACAUGGAUGGAAAGAUACUCAGAACCGAUCCCUCCACAAACACUGACAUCUCUGUGGUCCCUCUCAGUGGCCAUCUUCUCCAUUGGGGGCAUGUUGUCGUCCUUCUCUGUGGGAAUCGUCGCAGAGUUUUUUGGCAGGAGAAAAGCAAUGCUUAUCAAUAACCUGCUCGCAUUUAUUGGUGGAGGCCUGAUGGGGAUGUCCAAAAUCUGCCGAUCAUUUGAGAUGACGAUUUUAGGACGCUUCACCAUUGGAGCAUAUUGUGGUUUAGCCUCAGGAUUGGUGCCCAUGUAUGUGGGUGAAAUAGCCCCUACCAGUCUGAGAGGAGCUCUGGGCACACUGCACCAGCUAGCCAUUGUCACAGGCAUUCUCAUCGCACAGAUCUUAGGUCUUGAGUCUCUCUUAGGCAGUGAGAAAUUGUGGCCUGUGCUCUUGGGUAUUACCGUGCUCCCUACAGUCCUACAGAUGGCACUGUUGCCUUUCUGCCCUGAGAGCCCACGAUUCCUCUAUAUAGUCCGUUGUCAGGAGCACCAUGCAAAGAGUGCUGUACGGCGUCUCACUGGGCGUCUGGAGGUCAGUGAUCACCUGGCUGAGAUGAAGGAGGAGAAGAGGAGGAUGGACAUGGAGAGGAAGGUGUCUAUAGCUGAACUCUUCCGCUCUCCUCUCUACAGGCAGCCCAUCAUCAUCUCCAUCCUGCUACAGCUCUCCCAGCAGCUGUCUGGAAUUAAUGCUAUCUUUUACUAUUCUACGGACAUCUUCAAGAAGGCUGGGGUUGAGAGUCCAGUAUAUGCCACCAUAGGGGCUGGAGUUGUCAACUGUGCCUUCACUGUGGUCUCCCUUUUCCUGGUGGAGAAGAUGGGCCGUCGGACACUGCACAUGAUAGGGCUUGCAGGAAUGUGUAUCUGUGCCAUCAUCAUGACAGUAGCCCUUGCAUUACUGGAGACUGUGCCUUCAAUGAGCUCGAUUAGCAUGAUGGCCAUUUUCGGUUUCGUAGCUUUCUUCGAAGUGGGUCCAGGACCUAUACCAUGGUUCUUUGUGGCUGAACUCUUCUCACAAGGACCUAGACCUGCAGCCAUGGCAGUGGCCGGCUGCUCCAAUUGGACAGCCAACUUUAUCAUUGGCAUGGGGUUCCAGUAUGUCGCUAAUUUAACUGGCCCGUACGUAUUCCUCAUCUUUGCCACGUUCCUCCUCUUCUUUCUAAUCUUCACGUUCUUCCGGGUUCCCGAGACACGAGGCAAGACUUUUGACCAGAUCUCUGCCACCUUCCAGCGCCAUCCGCAAGACAUGAUGGACAUGGAUUUGGGUAUGGAACAAGGGAAGCACAGUACAGAGUUGGACUACCUAGGAUCUGAUGGGACAGAGAACUGAAGCCGAGCGUGAAGGAGAUGGUGGAUAGGGGCCAGCACUGACCUUUCAUGGGGCUUAGAAAGGACACAGGAAAAUUGAUGGAUACCAAUAAGAGAAGAGUUCACAUUCAGAAGAGAUGGAUAUUGGCCAUUAUGGAGAGAAAGAUGGUUAAUGGUCUUGGGAGAAAGUGCAAUGGUGUUUGAAUAGGAGCAAGAGACUGGAUUCCUGCACUUUAUCUUGCACAAAGGUUUCUGUAAGACACAAAGCCAAUAAGUAGCACAAUGUUUUUUGCAUUUCAUUAAAAUUAGUAAGCUUGAACAUCUGAGGUUUCGGAAGGAAAGCAACAAUAUUUUAGUUUGAGCUUUUCAUGAGAAUAAUUAUAUUUUUAGCAGAGACACUCAUAUUCAUUAAAAACAAUCUACUGCAAACUGUAAAAUGUUUUUAAGAAUGAAAUGCUUUGGUUAAUAGUUUUGCAUAAAGCCAAGAUUAAAUUUUAGGGACAAAAUUAAAAUUAUGCUGCCUUCAAGUGCUCUCUAUAAUUCCCAAUUCAAACUGGAAAGUAAGGUCUCAAUUUUAGUAUGAUUAAAAGUAUAUAGGCACAUUAAUGUUCCAAAUGAUUAAGUAUUAAUUGAGUAAAGAUGGAGCAUGUGAAGAUCGCAUUAGAUCUAUAACAAUUAUAAUAGUCCAUGGUUUAAGAAACUGUUAAAUUGUAUAUAGAGGAAAAUUUAGAGUCACUCCAUUUCCUAGAAGAUUAGAAAUGUGUUAAAGCGUGUGCCGUUUGACAAGUGAGAUGAACUUUUAAUCAUGUUGUGAUUUGUAUUGGUUUGUGUUCUUUGUUGUUCUGAGGUGUGUGUGAGCAGUGUAUCUUUAUCAUGUGUUUAUUUAUAUGAUGGAAUUAAACAAGCUGUUGAAAGAAUAUCAUCAGUU